AUGUCGCCACGCGAGAACUCCAUUGGCAUCUCCGUGCGGCGCCGCCCCUCGCUCUCCCUACGCCCUCGUUCCCGAACUGCGGCUCAUUCGGCUGCCCCGCCGAAAGGUAACACUUUCGACCAGUGGCAGGAGGCCUCCUUGGCGGAGGCUCGCCACGAUUAUACUGCCUCGGCGGUGGAAGACACGGAGUUGUUUCCAGAGACUGUGCCUCGACGCCGUGCGGCCAAGAGCUUCUCGAGUCUGCGUCAUCCAAUGGACGGUCUAGUGGCUCUGGGCCGUCGCUUGUCCGUCUCGAUGCGCAACAAGUCCUCGAAACAGAACUUGCGCUUUCAGGAACUGGAGGACGACAGCGAGUGCAGCUGCGAAAGUGGCUACUAUCACCAUGCCGUGAGCCACGGCUCGAAUCAUAAGCGAAAUGGCGUGUCGGGAGGCUGGGCUCCUAAGUCCCGCGCCUGGUCCAAUGGUAUCAGCAUCAACCGUCGUCCCUCGCUCAACAGUGUUUCUGCCCUGCAGAGUUUCUAUGCGCCAACUUCUUCGGUCCCAGGUCCCAUUCCGGGGCAUGGACUAGAGCCGCCCAUUUUUCCGAAUGACAAGGUUGCGGGCUCGGCCGCUCGGGCUGCUGCCGCUGCGCAGAAUGAAUUGGCCAGAGUAGAAAUGGCUAAGGCGGAGCGGGAUCUUCGAAAAUCCGAUACGAGAGUGGCACAGGAUUCUGAGAGCGGUAUUGGAAUUGACCUGCGCGAUCCCUCCGAUAAAUCCGACUUGAGCUGUGUGCGCAUUGAUCCAGUCUCCUACCUCCCAGCCGAGAUCUCGGCCCAUGUUUUUUCAUAUUUGGAUCCUGCAUCCCUCAUGGAUUCAGAAUCAGUAUCUAAAUCAUGGCACCGACAGGCUUCUUCUCCACAUGUUUGGAAGCAUGUCUUCCGUGGCGCAUACCCUCGGCGCCCAGUGGGCCCCACUGCGACCAAGACGAAGCAGCCUGUCGGAUUGGGGAAGUCAAUUCCCAACCAGGACUGGAAGAAGAUGUUCUUUGUCCGGCGAGCUCUUGAGCACCGCUGGAAGGAGGGCAAGGCUGCGGCCAUCUAUCUCCAUGGACACACAGACAGCGUCUAUUGUGCGCAAUUUGAUGAAAAUAAAAUUAUUACUGGUUCUCGUGACCGGACCAUUCGUGUGUGGGACGCCCACUACCCGUGGUCGUGCCAGAAGAUCAUCGGCCCACCCCCGGGCGAUCUGGCUAUCUCUGAUGAUCCGGUGAACAACCCGGCACAGCAGGCCACGGGCAAGUCUCCCUUUGCUACCAUCUGCCCGCCAUCAACUCCCACCGCGGGUAUUGUUGCGCCAAUGGAAAACCCGUCAGACUACCACAGUGCCUCAAUUCUUUGCCUAAAGUUCGACGAGGAAAUUAUGGUGACUGGGUCUUCAGACUUCAGCUGCAUCGUGUGGGAUAUUAAGAAGAACUACCGACCAAUCCAUCGUCUCAUCGGCCACAGCGCCGGUGUGUUGGACGUCUGUUUCGACGACCGGUAUAUCGUAUCCUGUUCGAAGGACAGUUCCAUCUGCGUGUGGGACCGCAAGACAGGUGCGCUUCUCAAGCAACUAUCCGGCCACACCGGGCCGGUGAAUGCUGUGCAACUGCGCGGUGACCUCGUUGUAUCAGCGAGUGGCGAUGGUAUGGCCAAGCUGUGGAAUGUCACCUCAGGUCACUGCAUCAAAGAGUUUCACAGCAAGGACCGUGGUCUUGCUUGUAUUGAGUUCAGUGAUGAUGGUCGAACGAUCCUGACAGGUGGCAAUGAUAAGACCAUUUAUCAGUUCGAUGCCAAUACCGGCGAGAUGGUCAAUGAGCUCCGAGGCCAUUCCUCGCUAAUCCGGUCGCUUCACCUUGACAGCAUGAACAAGCGGAUCGUUAGCGGUAGUUACGAUAUGACUGUUAAGGUGUUUGACACCGAAACUGGCAAGUUGUCUAUCGAUCUGCCUGGCUGGACCACCAGCUGGAUGUUGAAUGUCCAGUCGGACUACCGGCGGAUUGUGGCGACUAGCCAGGAUGCGCGGACUGUUAUUAUGGACUUCGGAUACGGUCUAGAUGGGAUUGAAUUGUUGGAGGAGUGA